GGGGGCGGAACCUCCGAGCCUCCGCAGUGCCCCGCUGGAGCGGGCACUUGGCGCAUGGACGCGCUAGAGGCCGUGCUAGCCAGGAGUGCAGGCAGGCGGAAACAGCUCAACGCGGCGGCUGCGGAGUUCAUUCCGUCGGGAGGGCGCUGGGUGCUGCUUCCCCAGCCUGCUGCGCUCCCCGAUGUGGUGCACGUGGGCGUGCGAUGCACCUGCGGUGCCGUGGCCUUCACGAGCGUGCAGGAGCCCGCCGCCGAGGGGUGCAGGCUGCCGCGGAUGCCGCUGGCCGAGGGCCCUGCGGGGAUGGCUGCCCAGGCGUUGGCCGAGGGCGGAGGCACUGUUCGGGCCCCUACGGGGGAUGGCUGCCCUGCCGCUGUGGCCGCGGGCGCUUCGCAGGCGGCUGUGCCUGUGGACGGUGCGAGUCACGGUGCCACCCCAUCGGGCCUAGUACCUGGGGGCUUCGGAACGUCUCCCAUCUGUUCUCCUGUAUGUUCGAGCGGCAUCAGCGAGAAGAUGUGGAGAGCAAGGUCGGAGAUUUCCCGCACGUGGUUGGGGCCGCCCCUGUUGGAGGCUCGGCGCCAGGCGAUGGUCUUGGAGAGGAUUCCAUUUCUGUCCUCUCGCUGUGCAUUGCUAAAUUUUCUGGUGCUGCCUUUGUAUGCUCUAUUUCACGUUUUCUUUAGACGCUGGGAGUGAACGCUGAUUUUAGCGUGUGUCGUAUGUGGCUUCCAGGUCUUCGCACAUUCAGAGGAUUGAUUGUGGUUCCCUGGCGCAGCAUCUGCGAUUUAUUCUUCUUGUUUUCGAAGCACGUUGAGAUCAGUCAUGCAUGUGUCUGCAUCAGGGCGUGGAGUUGCCAACCGAAGGAUCGAUGUUUUCUCCUGCAAGGAUGGGUGCUUUGAGUGGAUUCGCUUUACAUGUCGGCCGCGGAUUGCUGUUUGUCGCGUAAGACUGUGCAUUGCUCGUAAGUGUUGAAUGUGGCUUCCUGGCACACCAUAGAGUUAUUGUAUGUGGCUUCCUGGCGCUAGAGCAUGUAUCACUCGUGCGUGGCAGCAGAUUUUCGUUCGCCAUUGUCAAUUGUGUCCCUCAUUGCGUCUUUCCUCCAAGAGUGAUUGCAUCGAUUUUCCACCACCUCCCUCCCCGCCUCAGUAUUACAAUGCGUCAGCAGGCCUGUCCCGCCACAGUUUGCAUUGCGUUUGCGGGGCG